AUGGAGGGUAACAGCAGUAGUGGUCUGGACUCUAAUCUAACUUGUUUCUCUGAUUUCGAAGCAACAAAGUACAAAGUUCUGCUAGGACUGAGGGUUGUGCUCUCCUUGAUUUCAGCUUCCUUUCUUGUGUGCAUGCUCUUUAUUAUAAUCAUCUUUAAAAAGUACGUGUUCUUCACACAGAAACUCAUAUUGCUACUUGCCACCUGUUCCCUGGCCUAUGAUGUUGUCGCAUCUAUGAAUGUUACAGCUCUCACUGCUUACAGGAGUAAGCCCGAUCUCUAUUACUGCUAUGUGAUUGGGUUCUUUGAGCAAGUGGCAACAAUGGCUAUCAUUAUGGCUUACUUCAUCCUUGCUUUGGAUAUUUUCCUGAGAGCUGUGCUUGAUAAGCAGACAGAGAAACUAAAGCUGCUCUAUUUAAUGUUAGUCCUAUCCCCAAUCUUAUACAGUUGGGUACCAUUCAUUUUCCUUGCUUAUGGCCCUAUCGGCGCUGUGUGUUGGAUAAGGAACAAAAACUUAGAGGAUUGCUCUGACUUUCUAAUUGGUGAUUACAUUAUGAUUGCGAUAUUUUCCGUCCCUUUUAUGACAUUACUGGUUACCAUAAUAGUCCUAAUGGUGAUAUCACUCUCUUUUGUACGCUGGAAGAAAAAGAAAUGGGGAGGACGGAAAGAAGAGAAGAGAAUGAGAAGCAAAAUGGAGGAAGAGAUACGUUCUCUCAUCUAUUAUCCAUUUGUUCUUGUGUUCAUUCAUACCUUUGGUCUAAUAACAAGCCUUUAUGAUUCAUUAGGAGACAAAGACACCAUUUAUGAUGUACUAAUAUUUGUUUCUACUAUCAUCUAUCGCUUUCAAGGGAUACUCAUUUGCUGUAUUUUUGUCCUCGACCCAGAAACAAGGAAGAAAUUAAAUCGAAAAGAGAUCGUUGCAGCGUUAAAGAGAAUGUGCAUGAAAGAUGAAGAGGAGAGCAUCAGAGAUUAUAGGGCAGAAGCUGGGCGCAGUGAUUCAUUGCCUAAGAAUAUGUUUGACUCAAUCAUAUACACACAAAAACUUGAAAUACAGUAA